AUGUUAAAGAGCAAGUUUGUGUUGAUUAAGAUUGCAAAAUUUACAAUGGCAACAACAUGGAAAGAUUUUCUUGACCAGACCGAAAAGCCAGAUAAAUUUGACGAGAAAUCAAAAGAAAUAAUCGAAUUUGUAAAUUUUCAACUGCGUUCAAAACGCCACAUAGUUCUUGUCACAAGUGGUGGAACAACUGUACCACUAGAGAGUAAAACUGUGCGUUUCCUUGACAACUUCAGUGUGGGAUCCAGAGGUGCCUUAUCUACAGAGUAUUUCUUAAAGAGAGGUUAUGCUGUGAUAUUCCUUACAAGAAACAGAGGGUUACGUCCAUUUUUGAGACAUGUACCAAAAACAAAUAUUUUAGACUUGUUAACAAUAACAGACAGCAAAGAUGUAAAAGUCAAACCAGAAUAUGAACAAAAAAUUCAACAAAUUUUGCAGACUUAUCAGGAAAUAAAAAAUGAGAAUUUAUUACUGACAGUAGAAUUUCAGACAUUAAGUGACUAUCUACAGUUACUAAAAACUUGUUCUAUUGCUCUACAACCAGCAGGGAACCAGGCUGUGUUAUAUUUAGCUGCUGCUGUGUCAGACUUCUACAUCCCAAAAGAUUUAAUGCCAGAACAUAAAAUUCAGUCAUCUGGUGGUCCAUUGAAGUUAUCACUACAACUGGUUCCUAAAAUGUUAGAACCAUUAGUCAAGGAGUGGGUACCAGAUGCUUUUGUUGUUAGCUUCAAGCUUGAAACAGACAAAGAUUUAUUGAUAUCCAAAGCAUUACAGGCCAUAGACAAAUAUCAACACCAGAUAGUCAUUGCAAAUUUAUUAGAAACAAGAAAGAAAGAAAUUUUUGUUGUUACCAAGGAAACACAGGAUCGUGUAUCAUUAUCAGAUGCAGACAUUAAAAAUGGCAAAGAAAUUGAAGAACUCAUUAUUGACUGUCUUGUUGAUCGUCAUUGUCAGUUUUGUUCUGUAGAAAAUUUAUAAUGUUCAAGUAUUUAGGUCAACUUAAUAGACAUUUGUAUCCAGACAUUUUUAAACUGAUGAAAGAAGAUGUAUAAACAGAUUGUGUUAGAAUAGAAACAAAACAUAUAAAUAAAUAAAUGUAUAAAGCUCA